CCCAGCGAGUGGUCUAUGCUCCUGAAGCCCUGGCGCUCUUGGCCCAGCUCCUUCUACCGCCGCUUCGACCUGGAAAAUGGGUUCGCGAGCUGCAGAGGCCCCUUGGACCCUCAAUCUGGCCGCGUCCUCCAGCCCCCUGGCCAGCAAGGCCAGCGGCGCGAGUCCUUCCUGUACCGCUCCGACAGUGACCAUGAGCCUUCAUCUAAGGCUGUGUCCCGGAACUCCUCGGUGGCCAGUGAUCUACAUGGAGAAGACAUGAUUGUCACGCCCUUCGCCCAGGUUCUGGCCAGUCUCAGAACGGUCCGCAGCAACGUGGCCACCCUUGCCCCUAACCCAGGCAGCGCCACCAGGCAGCCGCUCUUGGGGACCCCUCCGCGUAGCAGCCAGCUGGCCGCCCCCACAGAGGACGCUGGGCUGCAGCUGGCGCAGGAGACGCUGGAGGAACUGGACUGGUGCCUGGAGCAGUUGGAGACACUGCAGACGCGGCGCUCGGUGGGAGAGAUGGCGUCCAACAAGUUCAAGCGCAUGCUCAACCGCGAGUUGACCCAUCUGUCGGAAACCAGCCGCUCAGGGAACCAGGUGUCGGAGUACAUCUCCCAGACCUUCCUGGACCAGCCGGCGGAGGUGGAGCUUCCCAGGCUGCCCACCGAGGACACGCGGCCCAUGUCCCGGAUCAGCGCCCUGCGCGGGCCCUGCCCCGCCAGCCUCCCCACAACUGCCGUCCCCCGCUUCGGGGUCCAGACAGACCAGGAGGCGCAGCUGGCUAAGGAACUUGAAGACACCAACAAGUGGGGACUUGAUGUGUUCAAAGUGGCUGAGCUGAGCGGGAACCGGCCGCUCACAGCCGUCAUGUUCAGCGUCUUCCAGGAACGGGACCUGCUCAAGACGUUCCAGAUUCCGGCGGACACGCUGCUGACGUUCCUGCUCACGCUGGAGGCUCACUACCACGCUGACGUGGCGUACCACAACAGUGUGCAUGCCGCGGACGUGGCCCAGUCCGUGCACGUGUUGCUGGGCACCCCUGCCCUGGAGGCUGUGUUCACAGAUCUGGAAGUCUUGGCGGCUAUCUUUGCAUGCGCUAUCCACGACGUGGACCACCCGGGCGUCUCCAAUCAGUUUCUCAUCAACACCAACUCGGAGCUGGCGCUGAUGUACAAUGACAUGUCGGUGUUGGAGAACCAUCACCUGGCGGUGGGCUUCAAGCUCUUGCAGGCAGAAAACUGCGACAUCUUCCGGAACCUCAGCGCCAAGCAGAGACUGAGUCUGCGCAGGAUGGUCAUAGACAUGGUGCUGGCCACAGACAUGUCUAAGCACAUGGGCCUCCUAGCCGAGCUCAAGACCACGGUGGAGAUGAAGAAGGUGACCAGCCUCGGGGUCCUGCUCCUGGACAACUACUCCGACCGCAUCCAGGUCCUACAGAGCCUGGUGCACUGCGCUGACCUCAGCAACCCCACCAAACCGCUGCCGCUCUACCGCCAGUGGACUGACCGCAUCAUGGCCGAGUUUUUCCAGCAGGGUGACCGUGAACGCGAGUUGGGCCUGGACAUCAGCCCCAUGUGUGACAAGCACACUGCCUCUGUGGAGAAGUCCCAGGUGGGAUUCAUUGACUACAUCGCCCAUCCGCUGUGGGAAACAUGGGCUGACCUGGUGCACCCCGAUGCUCAGGAGCUGUUGGAUACUUUGGAAGACAACAGAGAGUGGUAUCAGAGUCGGAUACCAUGCAGCCCCGCCCACACCACGGGCCAAGAGCGCUGUGGUCCUGACAGGUUCCAGUUUGAGUUCACGCUGGAGGAGGCUGAGGAGGAGGAGGAAGGACUGGAUCAGCACUGAGCAUCCAGUCCUCAGAGUCACCCAGCACUUAGCUUCUGUCCUCCAAGACCAGCCCAGAGCACAGGGUAGACCUGACAAGAUUUUGGACUAGCCUAGCAUGGACCAUGAAGUCACAGUCACGCCCUUUGGGCGCCUAUGGAUGCUGGUGACUUCUGAAGUGAUUUCUGGCCGUGUCAGCUUCUCUUUUCACCUGUCAAAGUGCACAGCCGAAAUUUACACAUAGACAAAUCUUGGGUUCCAUUUGGAAGUCUGCGGCUGGGGUCCACUCUGACCUCAGGCUUGGCUGGAAUGGGAUUGGCAUCUGGGUGGCGCCUCCUCUUGCCUGUCUGUCCUGCUUCGCCCCUUCUGUCGGCUUCGGUCAGCUUCGGUCAGCUAGGGCUGGGGCUCUCUGUGGUUUCCGUUUGCUUGUUUAGCUUCUUUUCGACGCUGAAGAUGGAAACCUGGGGUCCCACGUGCUCUGUGAGCAGAGUGGCCCCAGCCCCAACAUCACUAUUUGCGUCUUUUGAUGUCAAUAGGUGUCCGGCCUCCAACCGUCCAAUCACAGACCUUUACUGAGUCCCCCAGGAAGAAUCCCUUUUGUAAAUAGAGACAGGGAGCAGCCCCCACUGAAGUCUAGUGUCUUCUGACGCCAGAGACUGUGAAAGACUCUUCAUGGCUACUGAGAGGCAGGUGGCCCUCUGAGAAGACCCCGCAGGCCUCCGACUCCCUAUGGUUUGUUCACACAGCCAUUGAUACAGCUGGUAGGGGUCCUCCCUGUAGUAACCUGGGGAUAGGGAGCGCCAAAGGGAUCAAACCAGUGUGGAGGGUCUCAGCAUACUCAACUGUGGGUCCCCAGAGUCAGGAGGAGGAGGGGGAGGGUGCUAUGCGAGUACAAGAGGGCUGGGGGCGUGGCUCAGGGGUGGAGCCCCUGCCUAGAAUCCUCCAGUCAGGGGCUGGGGCGUGGCUCUGGCUUAGUACAGCUUUAGCACGUGAGAAGACCAUAGUUUCAUUUCCAACACCGUAAAAAUAGAAUAGACCUUGUCAGGGCCAUUCACUUGUAGGGAAACUGAGUCACAAGCCACCCCUCAUGCCUUCUCAAAGCUUCCAUGCACAGAAUGGGCACUGAACGCGGGCGUCUUCUGGGUACUGUAUGACUCCCAUGUGACUGCUUUCCUGUUUACCGGUUAUUUUCUGGCUUUUAAGGGCGCCUGCUGCCUGUUCUGACGUCCAGCUCUAUGAGCAGAGGACACCGAAGUGACUUUUUUGCCUCUACCUCCCAAGUGCUUGGCUGGGGUAACAGGCAUGCGUCACAGGGCCUUCCCCCUUCCCUGUUCCCUCUGGGAAGGGCCAGGGUGGCAGGGCAGCCCAGGGUGGCAGGGCAGCCCAGGGUAGCAGGCGACUUCCUCUGUAGACAUCAUGGUUCCAGCUCUUUGUCCCCGGGGGGUACAGAAAGCCCUCUGGGGUCACACAUGGAAGGCUUCCCUCCUCCAGAUGUUUUAGGGGCUACCCUUAGAGAUUUCCUGUUAAACAAAGUAGUACGUGUUCUCUGAGGGAGAAUUUGGAAAUCACACAAAAGUAUAAAAAAAUAAAUUAUUGGGUCAGCAAGAAGGUUCAGCAAGCCAAGGCAUUUGCUCCCAAGUCCCACAACGUGAGCUCAGUCCCCAGGACUCUGUGAUGAAAGAGAGAACCAGCUUUCACAGGGUGUCCUCUGACCCCCCAGCUUCCGCAGGGUGUCCUCUGACACCGCCCCUCGUGUCCCACACAAAUAAAUGAAUGUAACUUAACAGAUGUGACAACCUGGGUGGUGGUGGCGCACGCCUUUAAUCCCAGCUCUCAGGUGGCAGAGACAGACAGAUUUCUGAGUUAGAGGCCAGCCUGGUCUACAGAGUGAGCUCCAGGACAGCCAGGACUACACAGAGAAACCCUGUCUUCAAAAACAAAAAAAAUACGCUGUUUCCCUCUGCCUGUCCUUUCAUUUUCCAUUUCACACACAUACUCACACACGCACACUCACUCACACACACUCACAUACUCACACACACAUACACAAGCACACUCACACACACGCACACACACGCACACAUACUCACACACGCACACUCACACACACAUACACGCGUGUACGUGUUUUUGAGGCAGGCUCUCUGUAGCCCUGGGCUGUCCUGGAGCUCACUUUGUAAGAUCUGCCUCCCAAGUGCGGCCGGCAUUAACGGUUUCUGCCACCAUGCCUGGCUGUUUUCAAUGUCUUGAUAUCAUGAGACAGUCUCACUUCAGCAGUCCAGGAUGAUCGGUUUCUGCCACCAUGCCUGGCUGUUUUCAAUGUCUUGAUAUCAUGAGACAGUCUCACUUUAGCGGUCCAGGAUGAUGAACUCACGAUCCUCCUCAGCCAAAUUGUGUCAUCUUGCCACCAAGUGAGCUACAAGCGCUCUAGUCCCUGAGCCUCCACCCCAUCUUUAUUUUGAAAUAAAAGGCAGUAAAGGCAGCUCCUCCCCAGAGUUCAUCUCUUGGGAAUAAAUCCAAGUCUGCCUAAGGGGCGCCCCAAGCUUCUCCCUGCACCCUCUGUCCUCAAACCCGUGCCUAGUCCCCACCCUAACCCCCGUUAUGGUCAUUUUGUGUCUGUGGUUCUGCAUCCCUCUGCUGCCUUGUGAGGGUGGGGAAGCAGAGAUAAACAAGCUGCUCACGUGGCCCCAGAGCGGGCAGAGCUUCGCAGGCUCCUUGCGGGGGUGACUGAGCAUCCAGGCGACUAGUUAUUCUGGUCCCUCGGCGCCUCCGCAGCUGGCGGCGCAGUCUAAACAGGGCCAGACCGCGUCCCCAGUUCUGCUUCCUGCGUGAUGAAGACGAUGCGGACCCUCCAGGGCCGAACGCGGAGGGACAACAAGGCACCCAGCCUGGGUCCCCUGCUCUCGCCCCAGAUUCCCACCUUGGCCGGAAGAUUUGCAGGCAUGCGUUGUGUUGCAUCAUAGUCCGGAAGUCUGCAUUUCUGCUCCCAGCUUCCCAGUACAAGGAUCGCCUGAACCCCAGUGACCACACCGUGAAGGGUGUGGGGUGGCCAGUGUGAAGUGUUCACACCAUGAAAGACUUAGGCUGGCCUCUCUGAACUGUCUUUGCUUCCUGGGUCUUCUAUUGCAAUUUUGGGACUCGGGGUCAGGACCCUUCUGAACCCUAAAUGCGCAGGGAAGCAAGGGGUUCUCAGGGGACCCAUCAGUCCCUUUUUUCCUUUGUGCAGAAUCUGACUUUCUUAUUUCGUUGAGACAGCCCAAACUGUUUACUGUAGCCCAAACUGGCCUCAAGACACUGUGUAGCUGAGGGUGACCUUGAACGUCUGUUCCUCUCCCCUCUGCCAGGUGUGAGAAGACAGUGAGACAUCACCCCGUUAUACUGUGCUUGGGAUCAAACCCAGAGCUUUGUGCUGCUAUGCAGGCUCCCCACCAAACUGAGAAAUAUCCUAGGCCCAUUAAAAAAGAGACUUAUGCUGGGCAGUGGUGGCGCCUGCCUUUAGUUCUCGCUUUCGGGAGCCAGAAACAGAUCUCUUUGAGUUUGAGGCCAGCCUGGUCUACAAAGAGAGUCCCAGAACAGCUAAGGCUGGGUCCCCUGCUCUCUAUGUAUAGAGAAACCUGUCUUGAAAAUACAGAGAGAGAGAGAGAGAGAGAGAGAGAGAGAGAGAGAGAGAGAGAGAGAGAGAGAGAGAGAGAGAGGAGAGAGGAGAGAGGCUGGGGGGAGGAGAGAAUAUUUAUGUGUGUGUAAGGGCGUUUUGCUUGCUUGUAUAUGUGUGCGCACACAAGCAUGCCUGGAGCCAUCUCUCCAUCUCCCGCCAGCCCAUUACUUUUUUAAUCUAGAAAGGAUCAUAUUGUAGACCAGGUUCUCCUUUGUGAAGAGUGUUAUCACUUCCUUCACCCAGCGCAUUGGUAAAACUUCGGGGUUCCAGGGCGUAGCCACCCCGGGCCCUCAAACCCUGGUGACGGUGCAGCGUGGUCACAUGAUCUAUGUAUGACGCAGAUACGGCAGCCCCUGUUCACAUGCGCUUGGCAGCCUUUAAAAGCUGGACACACCUGCUUCGUUCUCUUUCUGCACACACGCCCUCAGGCCUACGCACGUGUCUCCCUCUCUUAAUAAACUCUUCA